UAUCAGACUGGCGCGAGACUUCCUUCCUGCCCAAACUUGACGUCACGAAGCGGAAGAGUUUCCACUUGUUUUCAUGCUAAUAUGGCAGCGCCGUCGGGCGGAGGCGAUACGGGCACUGGCAAUGACCAGAUAAUUGCCUUGGGAUCUGUACUUCUCAAUAACUUCGUCUAUGAACGAGUUCGUCGUUAUGGGGACAGCGAAGCUGAAGUAACCCGAAGUCAGCUGGGUGGUGUUGAGCUGUGCGACCCCAACCAUAAACGUCUAGGGCAGUGCUUACAGCAGAUUGGAGAUGAGCUGGAUGGAAAUGUGCAGCUGCAAAGUAUGGUAAAUGACCCUGCUCUUCAGCCAACCCAAGAAGUCUUCAUGAAAGUGGCCCGAGAGAUCUUCUCUGAUGGGAAGUUCAACUGGGGCAGAGUGGUGGCGCUUUUCUACUUUGCGUGUCGGCUUGUCAUCAAGGCUAUUACAAACAAGAUUCGUGACAUCAUCAGAACCAUCAUAAGCUGGACUAUGUCCUACAUUCAGGAACACGUUAUUAACUGGAUCAGGGAACAGGGUGGAUGGGAGGGAAUCCGCUCCUAUUUCGGGACCCCGACAUGGCAGACUAUCGGCGUAUUCCUGGCUGGGGUACUCACCACGGUGGUGGUGAUCCGCAAAAUGUGAAAAGACUGACAGGAGGGUGGAGAGCAAGAGAAGAGAGAGUUGAGACCAUGAACAGAGCGUGAAACAGACCAGCAAAGAAGAACAGAAAGAUGAGGAGGAAGAGAAAGGGAUUUGUAGUAGAGAAAUCGGCCUCAACUCAAAGAGCGAGAGGAGGAGAAAAGAGUGAGAGUCAAGCAUGAUGCAGCUGUCCCAAGCCACUCUUGUUACUGCUACGCCUGUGCUCUUUCUCAUCUACAGCUUUAAACCUUGACAACAUUUGCACUGAAAUCAGAGAUUAAUGCAUCAGAGUUCAGGUUUAGGCUUGAUUUUAGCUAUUUAUUUUUAGUUUGGGCUUAUGAGUGCCUAGGUUAUAUAAAAGACUGGAUUGGUAUUUGAUUUAAUUUAUAGACAUUGUCUCAAUGCAGAAAUUCUAAGUUAGGAGUCUCAUAUUCUCAUUUUUUAUUUUUGGUCGUAAAUUGUGCACAAUGACAGUCAAAAUUGCAUUUGGUAACAGUUAGCUUAUAAUAGCUUAUAAAUGGAAAUAUUAUUAUUAUUAUUAUAUAUUAUUUUUAUUAUAUUAUUUAAGUCAUCUGAAUGAGUAGGAAUGGGCUCAGAAUUUCUCCUCUUCCUAAUUCCUCCUCGCCUUUCUGUGUUGAGUGUCUCCUGUAGUUCAUCAGAAUAGGGGCUACGAAAUGUCUGUGAAGAUGAUUGUACUUGAAAGUACAUGUUUAGCCUCUUUAGAGUUCAUGAAAUGUUUGUGCAGGCAACCAAUCAGCACUGUGGUUGCGGUAUGUGGGAUUGUCUUAGUCAGCCAGGCCCUCCUGCUGUAGGACAGGGAUGGACAAUUCUAGUGACUCUUAAACACAUUAAACGUCUCGGAGCCAUGAUGAUCGUGGUUUUUUACAGAACCAAAUAUUUUCCUUUUAGAAUAGUGGAGGACCUGUCUGACAAUCUAAUGACCUCAGAUGCAGGUGCAGAUUUGUUCCACAUAUGGGGACUUUGACGAAAAGCAGUUCGUUUGUCUUCAGCUGGUGCAAACAUUCGGUCUUGCAGGACUUCUAGGCCGAUUAGUUGAGCUUCUCCCCUCAGUUUUCUCAGUACUGUAUUUUUACGAUGGUUAGCCAGACCCACUAUCCGAAAUUUAUAUGCAUUUGUUAUAUAUAUAUACACACACACACGUUUUUUGGCUUUUGGUUGUUUGGGUACAAUUUCAUACUUUUUUUAUUUUUGAUUCUUUCGUUGACAGUGCCUUGGGCUUUUUAUGAUACUAGCCACCACUUUUUCAUCUUUUUCUACAUCUUUGAGCACCCUAAGGCAGUCUGUCUGCUGUGUGAGUUUGUUUUGUAAGAUGUCAAAUGAAACAAUAAAUUGUUUUUAUGGAUUUCAAUAUAAA